GCAGUUUGAGGGAGCGAUAACACCACGAUGGACUUGCUGGACGAACUCGAUCAACUGCUCGCGCAAGAGCGUGACGGCGGCGCCACCCCGCCGACAUCCUACGUCCAUCAACUUAGCGGAUACACUUCCCAAGAACCUCUCUUGACGCCGCAUGGCAAGCCUACUCAUCCGAUGUGCCUCCCGCUACCUCUCGUGCCGCCACCAACGGUCGCCAACGUUUCCGCCGCCCACUUGCUCGCGCAGGCUUCCAUGGACGAAGCCUCCGCCUUUCUCUGGCAAGGAGACCCCAGCCGGACGUUAGUCGAAGUGCCGGUGUCGAUCAAUCGAGUGGACAUCAAGGCUGUCAAGUCGUCCAUGGUCAUGAACGCCAUGUCUUUGUCGUACGAGUUCGCAUCGAUCGCCGUGGACGGCCAGUCGAUGGCAGAAACGUCCAACCUCAUGUUGCGCAAACCCACGCAACUCCAAGACUACGCGCGCGGCAAAAUCGGCAACGUUCCAUUCACCCCUGGCGGCGACUCCCUCGUCACCUCCGACACCAUCGAUCCGUCGAUGGCGUCUCGACUUGCAAAAGUCUACACGACCGAUCCUGCCGCCGCUCUCGCGGUCGCCUCCGACUGGGAAACCCAUUUGGAUGCUUUCUUUCUCCCGGCUCCGGGAUUGUCGGAAGGGUUUACGCACGACGACAUCGCCCGCCUGUCUGGAGCUUCGUCCGCUCCUGCCGUCAUGGAGCCGUCGGUUGCAUGCGACACCGUGGGCGUGAAUCCAUCGACGCUGCUUCGACCGUACUACGACGUCGUCGCAGAUGCACACUCGCUGCACGCGCUCACUCGAGCGAUCGCCGACGACAAGGCGCUGCGAGCUAUGGACGUGGGAAACCCAGCGUUAUCGGUACAAAGCCUUCUCAGUGCCGCCGGCGACGAUUUAGCGUGGGGCGACGACGACGAAGAGCCUCCAGCCACCGCCGCGACUUCUCAUUCCGACCAAUUGACAAAAAGUAACGCUGACAUGCCAAGCAACGUCGAACCGUUCGAAGAAGAAGAGUGGCUGGAGGUGUCGAGUUUUGCAGAAACAGCAACUACCGCAACAACAGCAUCGUUCGAGUGGGCGAGCGUGGCCGAAGUGGACGUGUCGGACUUUGACUCAAAGGACCUGGCGAUGAAGUUUCCGUUUGAAUUGGACUCGUUUCAAAAGCAAGCGGUGGUGCACUUGGAGAACCACGACUGCGUGUUUAUUGCUGCGCACACGUCGGCUGGCAAAACGGUGGUGGCCGAGUACGCGAUAGCCAUGUCCCAGAAGCACAUGACUCGUACAAUCUACACUUCGCCGAUCAAAGCGCUGUCCAAUCAAAAGUACCGCGACUUUCGAACCAAAUUUGGGGUCGACAACGUCGGAUUGAUCACGGGCGACGUGUCUAUUAACCCCGAAGCCAGUUGUUUGGUCAUGACCACGGAAAUCCUACGAUCGAUGCUAUAUCGAGGCGCGGACGUGAUUCGGGAUAUUGAGUGGGUCAUCUUUGAUGAGAUUCAUUACCUCAACGACUCGGAACGAGGGGUCGUGUGGGAAGAAGUGAUCAUCAUGUUGCCCGAGCAUGUGUCGAUGGUAUUUUUAUCUGCGACGACCCCCAACACGUUUGAGUUUUCCGACUGGAUCGGCCGCACCAAGCAAAAAAAGAUCCACGUUAUCUCCACAUACAAACGCCCAGUACCUCUGGGCCACCACCUCUACGCGGGGGGCGAAAUCAUUCCCAUCGUGGACGCAUCCACAAACCAGUUCCUGCCCGCGAGCCACACGUAUGCUACUCAAAAGGUCAAGCCCAAAGAAAAACCCAAGGGAACCAAAGGAGCGCCUUCUUCUUCUUCAUUUCGAUCCAAUAUGGGCCGCGGCGGCGGGGACAAGGCCGACUGGACCAAGUUUAUCCGCCUUCUCCAAGAUAAGACGCUCUUGCCCGUGGUAGUGUUUGCCUUUAGCAAACGAAUGUGCGAAGAAUCGGCCAAUCGAUUGGCGGGGAUGGACUUGAGUUCGUCGUCCGAGCGCUCCGAGAUUCACGUGUUUUGUGCCGCCAGUAUCAGCCGAUUGCAGGGAACAGACCAGCAAUUGCCUCAAGUGCUCCAAGUCCGGGAUAUGCUUCUGCGCGGCAUUGGGGUCCACCACGGCGGUCUGCUUCCGAUCUUGAAGGAGAUGGUCGAAAUCUUAUUUGGCCGAGGGCUGGUUAAAGUGCUUUUUUCCACGGAAACAUUUGCGAUGGGGGUCAACAUGCCUGCUCGAACGGUGGUGUUUAACGGUAUUCGUAAACACGAUGGAAAGAGCUUUCGGGAUCUCCUGCCUGGCGAGUACACGCAAAUGGCUGGCCGCGCUGGACGGCGGGGUCUCGACGCCAUUGGCACUGUGAUCAUUGCUUGCUGGGGGGAAGUGUCGGACACGACGUCGCUGCGCACGAUGCUGCUGGGGCUGCCGACCAAAUUGGAGAGCCAGUUCCGCCUCACGUACAACAUGAUUCUCAACCUGCUGCGCGUCGAGGACAUGACGGUGGAGGACAUGAUCAAGCGCUCAUUCAGCGAAUUCCGCACGCAAAAGGCCCUCGCAUCGAAGAACAUCCCCCACGCCAUCCAAAAAGCCAAAAAAAUCCUCGUGCGUUUGGAGGAAGACUUGGAACAUACCCACGGUGGACAACUGGAUUUAGCCCACGUCCAGUUGUUUUACGAGCUCACGACGCGCACGAAGCUCUUGGAGAAGCAUCUGGUGGGGCUCAUUCUCAGCUCCAAGUUUGCCGCCGCGGCGCUGUGCAUUGGGCGUGUGCUGGUCGUGUCCACCGCCGACUUGGCCGACGCGGUGGCGAUUGUGCUGCAAGUCAACAAAGGCACGGUCAAGUCGUUUGUGGCGCUGGCACUGUGUCCGGCAUCGUACUCGCCGCCGCCCGCCGCCGCCGCCGACACUGCCCCCUCCCAUCUUCGCUCGGGUAUGCUGAUCCCACUAGGGCGUCGGGAGCCCAAGUCCGCUGGACUGAAAGUGGGCGACACGGGGUCGCUGCUGGGCAAGCAUUAUGUCGUGCUGGAGCUACCAGAGUCUUGUGUGGACCUCUUAACCCAGGACAAGGGAAGCACGGCGGUGCGCAAUUUGCUCGAAGCGUCCGACGUGUCGGUGCUGUCUCGCGCGAUGGAACUGCUUGUGGACAUGGAGCCCAAGAUCAAGUACAUUCUGGACCCCCGUGCGGAUCUGAAAAUGAAUGACAUCGACGUGGUCGGCGUGUACAGUAACAUUCAGCACAUGUAUGGCCUUAUGCAGCAAAACGUGUGCUUCAACUCGCCAUUCGUACUGCCAGUCUUGGGGCAGUUUGCCAAGAUUGCCAAACUGCGCGAGUACGUGGCAGGGAUGACUGCGGCGCUGUCCAACCAUUCGCUGUCUCUGUUCCCCGACUUUCAGCAGCGUCUUAAGGUGCUCACAAGACUGGGCUACAUUGCCCAAGACAACACUGUCCAAGUCAAAGGGCGCGUGGCGUGUGAAGUGAACACGUGUGAGGAAUUGAUUUUGACGGAAAUCAUCUUUGAAAAUGUAUUGGCGUCGUUGGAACCGGAAGAAAUCGUGUCGGUGCUGUCGGCGCUGAUCUUUCAGGAAAAGACCCAAAAUGCCACCACGUUGACGCCUCGGUUGAUGGAAGCGCAGACAACGGUGCAAGCGAUUGCAUUGUCGUUGGGAUUGAUUCAACUGGAAGCGCAUUUGGAAAUCGACCCCAAUGAAUACGUCAAGUCGACGCUCAACUUUGGGCUCAUGGAAGUCGUGUACGAGUGGAGUCGAGGCAUGCCAUUCAAGGCCAUUUGCGAAUUGACGGACGUACCUGAAGGGUCGAUUGUGCGCUGCAUCACGCGACUGGACGAAGUGUGUCGGGAAGUUCGCAACGCCGCUCGGGUGAUUGGGGACCCCCGGUUGUACCGCAAGAUGGAAAUUGCGUCGGAAAGCAUCAAGCGCGACGUUGUGUUUGCCACAAGUCUGUACUUGUCCUAGUCGCCAACUCUCGUCUAGAUUAAAACAAUUGGAAAACCUCCAAGAUAAGAAUAACUAGCCUCGUUUAACUAGAACCACUCUUUUCUACAGUAA